GCGGGAGUCGGGGCGGUGCGAGCGCGGGUGCGGGUGCGGGUGCCGCCGGGAUGCUGCCCCUGCUGGCCGGGCUCGUGCUGUCCGCCGCGGGCUGGGGCCGGGGCUGGGGCCGGGACGGCGACCCGGGCAGCCGCUUCGUGUGCACGUCGCUGCCGGCGGACGCGGGCUGCCCGUUCCCCCCCGGUCCCGGGCCGGGCGCGCUGGCGGCGGCCGAGGAGGAGCUGAAGGCCACGGUGCUGCAGCUGCGGGAGACCGUCGUGCAGCAGAAGGAGACGAUCGGCAGCCAGCGCGACGCCAUCCGCGAGCUGACGGCCAAGCUGAGCCGCUGCGAGAGCGGCCCCGACGGCUGGAGGAAGGAGCUGGCCAAGGGCAAGGACACCAUGGGCGACCUGCCUCGCGACCCCGCGCACAUCAUCGACCAGCUGAGCCGCACCAUGCAGGCGCUCAAGGACCGGCUGGAGAGCCUGGAGCACCAACUCCGAGCCAAUGUGUCAUAUGCAGCCCUGCCUCACGAGCUUCGAGAGAUGCUUCAGAGGAGGCUUGGAGAUCUAGAGCGCCAGCUUUUAAGCAAAGUGGCCGAACUUGAAGAUGAGAAAUCCCUACUUCAUAACGAGACUUCAGCCCAUCGGCAGAAGACAGAGACAGCCCUGAAUGCUUUGCUAGAAAGAGUUUCUGAAUUGGAGAAAGGUAACAGUGCAUUUAAAUCACCUGAUGAAUUCAAAGUCUCCCUUCCUCUCCGUACAAAUUAUUUAUAUGGGAAGAUCAAGAAGACUCUGCCGGAGCUGUAUGCCUUCACCGUGUGCUUGUGGCUGAGGUCAAGUGCUUCCCCUGGGAUUGGAACACCUUUCUCCUAUGCUGUCCCUGGGCAGGCAAAUGAAAUAGUGCUGAUCGAGUGGGGGAACAACCCAAUCGAAUUGCUAAUUAACGACAAGGUAGCUCAACUCCCUCUGUUCAUUAGUGAUGGAAAAUGGCAUCAUAUCUGCGUCACGUGGACGACAAGAGAUGGAAUGUGGGAGGCUUUUCAGGAUGGAGAGAAGCUUGGCACUGGGGAAAAUUUAGCCCCUUGGCACCCAAUUAAACCAGGAGGUGUUCUGAUCCUGGGUCAGGAGCAGGAUACAGUUGGAGGAAGAUUUGAUGCGACUCAGGCCUUCGUUGGGGAGAUGAGCCAGUUCAAUAUAUGGGACAGGGUCUUAAAAGCAGAAGACAUCGUGAAUAUUGCAAACUGCUCUAUCAACAUGCCUGGCAACAUCAUACCUUGGGUUGAUAACAACGUUGAUGUGUUUGGAGGUGCGACUAAGUGGCCUGUGGAGACAUGUGAAGAGCGGCUGCUAGAUUUAUAGCUGCAAUCAUUUUUUUUUUUUUUUUCCAUUCAAGUGCCCCGUUUUAUUAGGACAAUAUUUUGUGACAUCUGAAGCACUUCCUCUCCUCUCUCCCCAAGUCGUCCUCUCAAAGGAAUUUCCUUUUAAAAAAGCAAACCCUGAGCAAACUGCCUGUGCACAGAUAAAGCUGGUGGUUACUGGCAUGGGUCCUGAGGAUGAAAGAAUGCACCUGGGGCUCGAGCAGCAUUUGCCACCUUGGGCCAUGAUCCAAAGAUGCCCAUUGACUUCAACAGGCUUUGGAUCAGGCCCUUGCUUGGUACAUUGAUCCUUCUGGGAGGAAAAUCUUGUAUGAAUGUUGUCUACAUCCACUGGAAGAAUUGCCCCUUUGCCAUGAAGCACAAACAUUUUAAUAAUCUUAAUGUAAACUUUGUAAUGAAUCUUUCCUCCCUGAACGUCUGCAACGCUUUUAUAGCCAUUUGAAAGAAAUGAAGUGAUCAUUACACCAUGGAGACCAUGUCUUUAAAAAAACCACAGAUAGUGGCUAUUCUGUUGCUGUGGGCAUUUCAAGGGUAUCCUUUAACAGCUGAGAGAGAUUAAAAGCCCCGUCUUGUGGUGAGACAUAACAUAAAGGAGGCACCUAUGGGAGGAUGCAAAUGCUAUCCCACUCCCAAUUAGAAAGCGCUAGAUCCUCAGCUGAAGUAAAUCAGAAAAGCUCAUUUGAAAUCAAUGGAGAAACAUCAGUUUACGCCAGCUGAGGGUCUGACUCCAUGACUGUAUUUUUCUUUUCUUUUUUUUCCUAGACAGGAUCCCAGCAUUGAUGGUUGAGUGACUACUUGUUUUCCCUGUCAGCUGAUAAGCGUGUUGACUUUGUGGUUACUUGACUUGUAAACUUCUUUUCUCUCCUGUCCACCAUUCUAGUCUGUGUAUUUUCUUUCUAGCUAUACAAACUGUUACUAAGUGAAUUUGGGGGUUGUUUUGCUUUGAAAGGCCUUUAUGAGCAAGUGCCAAAGUUCAGUUUCUGCUUGCUGAGAAUCACUAUACACAUAAUUUUUUCAAACACAAGUCUCUCUGACAAACACUUCUCUGUGUUAUGAUGGUCCUGUGUAUUAUGACAAAUGUGUUGGUUUUUUCAAUUCUUGUUAAUUGUCAGAACUUCUGUAAGCAUUGGGCUGACUUUAAAGUAUUUUUAUUACUGUUUUCUUUCAAUACUUUGCAAGGAAAGAUGUUGUUUUCUUGGCCUUGGUGACUGUCCAGUUUGUGGUUCGCAGACAGCAACAUAUUGUACCUGAAAAGAGUUAAUACUUUUGUUAUUCUAAAGAAAAAGGGGAAAUUUAUAAAGCUAUAUAUCAUUUUAUUUUUCAUAUGUUUUGAAUCAUCAGGAUCUUCUAUAGUGACAGUUCCAUUUGUAGCAUAAAGUUGCAUAUUUACAUUAUGUAGUACGAUGUUCUUAAAAAUUCUUACAAUGAAAUUUUAAUUAAAAAUGCACUGUAAAAUCA